AUGGCAGCACCUGAUUGGCAGUGUAAACCUAAUAUUCGUUUAACAAAACCUAUCUCAAUGCAGAUGCCUAACAAUCAUCCAGGCGCUCCAUUCAAAAACUAUGAUUUUCAUGAAGUAAAUCCUCAAGAUUUUAGAAAACAAUACGAUUUAGUAUACGAUCCAUGUGUUCCAGUAGCAACCAAUGGACCAAAAUUUAGUGGUGAUUUUGAAUGCGGCAAUUGCGGACAAGUUUACCAAAUAGGUCCAAAAGAUUAUGAAAUUCACCUACUUCCUGAUCCAAAUGAUCAACUUACAACUCAAUGGUUCUUCUUCAAAGUUGAAGAUCUUGAGCCAGGCGACUACUUUUUCGUUAUCUGCGGCUUUUAUCGCCAAUGUAAUCUUCAUUAUAAGGGAUCGAAAGCGUGCGUUUACUCAGAGAACGAUGCCAAGCAAGGAAUUGGCUGGCAGCGCAUUGGAGAAAACUUAAAUUACUUCAAAUGGAAAACAGGAAAAUUCCCUGAGUGGGCUUUUUCUUUCACAUUCACAGUUAAGCAAAAAGAUACCAUGUAUUUUGCACAUGCAUAUCCAUACACAUACACAGACCUCAAAAACUUCUUAAACAAACUUCCGCAAAAAUAUCAACCUUCAGAACUUUGUCAUACAGUUGGCGAUGUUCCAGUUCCUGCUAUAUUCUGGGAUGCUGAUAUACAAAAGACUGUACCUAUCGAAGAAAUUCUCGCUAACAAAGGUAAAAUUACUCAUUCUCCACCAGAAAUUAGGGUAGAGAACGUAUCUGAGUUCUCCGAGAAGCUUGUUGAAUUACUAAGAUCAUGGAAAGAUGGCGCUCAGCUACCUACAGGCAUCCAAUACGAGAAGAAACCUGUAAUAAUCAUAGUUGCUCGUACGCAUCCAGGCGAAACGAACUCAUCGUUCGCAAUGGAAGGCCUUAUGAGUGCUCUUUUCUCGGAUUCUCCACUCGGAAACAAGCUUCGUGAGAAUUUUUCAUGGUUAUUAGUUCCAUUUAUCAAUCCUGAUGGCGUUAUAUGCGGAUUUUACAGACCAUCGUUAUCGGGAGAUGACAUGAAUCGUGUUUGGCAACAGCCUGAUCCACUUUUGCAUCCUGUAGCUCAUACAAUGUUAGAUUUAAUCGAAACAUUACAAAAGACACGACCAAUUCACUUCUUCCUUGAUUUCCAUGGCCAUACAGCUGCAUGCAACAGCUUUGUUUAUGGUUUCAUGAAUGAAGAAAAUCCAGAUUUGUAUUCAACAGAAAGAGUUUUCCCUCUUUUGAUGACAAAGCAUACACCAUUGUUCUCCAACGAGAUGUGCAGCUUCCUCAAGCAGAAACAGUACGAAGGAACAAUGAGAGUUGUCUUAAGAAGAAGAUUCUUGAUUUUGUUCGCAUACACAUUGGAAAUGUCUUAUGGUGGCUGCGAUUUCGGACCAAGAAGAAACACACAGUUCACUAUUCACGACUACAGAGAGAUAGGAGAUGCAACAGCUAAAGCAAUCGCUGAUUUAUUGUUGUUGCCAUCAAGUCUGGCAAGUAGAGAAGCAAUGCUUUUGAUGCCUCCACCUGAUUUGAAACAAAACCAAACUCAGCAGGAAGAUGUAAAUGCAACUAUCGAAAUUAAUGGAAAGGCUGAUGAGAAGAAACCAAGUUUCUUCACAUUCAAACCUGAUGAUAUAAAGGUUGAAAAGCCAGAAGCGGUCAAACUUGUUUUGAAUCAAUACACAAAGGAUAUGUGA